GAGAGAAAGAGAGAGAGAGAGGGAGUUUUGCCGUUGUUGCAUUUGACGUUUCGCCCCUCGUGAUCUAUUGUACAUAUAAUUAAUUGAUAUUAAGAGUUUAACGUAUAUUGAAAUAUAUUAUUACUAAUAUAUUUUUAAGAAAAUCAUGCUUGUUUUAGUAUUGGGUGAUCUACAUAUUCCGCAUAGGUGUAGUAGCUUGCCAAGCAAAUUCAAGAAGCUGCUAGUACCAGGCAGAAUUCAGCAUAUCUUAUGUACAGGCAAUCUUUGUACGAAGGAAUCUUACGAUUAUCUCAAGACAUUAGCUAGUGAUGUACAUGUAGUUAGAGGAGAUUUUGAUGAGAAUUUAAAUUACCCAGAACAAAAAGUUGUCACAGUAGGUCAAUUUAGAAUAGGACUUUCUCAUGGGCAUCAAGUAGUACCAUGGGGUGAUCCUGAAUCCUUGGCGCUAAUCCAAAGACAAUUGGAUGUUGAUAUUCUAAUAUCUGGACACACACAUAAAUUUGAGGCAUAUGAGCAUGAAAAUAAAUUCUAUAUUAAUCCAGGUUCAGCUACUGGAGCUUACAACCCUUUGGAUACAUCUGUCAUUCCAUCAUUUGUGUUAAUGGACAUUCAAAGCUCAACAGUCGUUACUUAUGUGUACCAGCUAGUUGGGGAUGAAGUUAAAGUGGAAAGAAUUGAAUAUAAGAAAAGUUAGAACUACUGGAGAAUUUACAGGAUAUAUCAAUUAUAAAUUAUAUCCAGGAUGUAAAAGUGUGACUACAUGUCUAAUAACGCUUAAUUUUUGCAACUUAUGCACUUUGCGAUUUGCGUUGCAUUAAUUAAUUAAAUAAUUAAGUAUGAAUCGUAUAACAUAUAAUUGUAAAUAAAGCGGUAUCAAUAUUAUGUAUUAAAAAUAAGUCCUCUUGAGAAAUAUUCAUUGUGUAUCUAAACACAAGUUAAUAGAUGCGAGUAUAAUGUCAGAAAUUGCCAUAAACGAUUUAACAGAAUAGAUUCUGUAGAAUAUAUUAUACAAAAAAUGUUUAUGUAGAAUUUACCAUGUAAGUACAUAACAUUUUAAUAUGUCGCAUUGUCUUAAUCUAGAGAUAUGCGAGUAUUAAUAAAAUUCAAGGCGAGUCCGAGUAUAUUGAGGGUAAAGAUGUUAAAACACUAUAACAAAGUUAGAGUUUUUGUUAAACAAAGAAAUCAGAUAAUGUUCCUGUUUGGGAGAAAUUUGUGUUGGGAAAAUAAAGACGCACCAUCAUUUCGUUA